AAUCUGUUGGAUUAGUACUUGGUGAAACCGUAUUGGAUCCCAAUCCUUUGAAAGAUUCAUGUUCCUCGCUACACACGCACCAAAGUUCAAACACCGCAUCAGACAAAUUUUCCGUCUCCUCCCUCUCCCACCCCUCAAUUUGGAAAACCAAAAGGUCAGAUCUUUAACUCAAAGAUCUCUAAUUCUCCUUAGAGUUUGACUUGUGUGUUCUGCAACAUAUGAAUGAAAGGUUCGUCAAUUAGGUAACUGUUGGUUGGGUUUGGGGUUUUAAGUUGGGGGUGGUAGGUACCUGGUAGCAGCACUUGAGCUCGGCAUUCUGAUAUUGUGAUUUGCGAGGUGGGUUUUGCCCUUCCUCUGAUAUAAGAAUACGUAUCGUUUCUUUCUUUUGUUAAGAUUUAAUUUUCACAAUGUUAGUGGAUCUUUUUCUCAGAGCACGAAAUCAGGAUUUUUCAACUUCUGUUACAUGGGGUGUAAAUUAAGAUCAUCUUCACAAAGAACAAUUUCCUAUGCAUCUUAACCCAGUUACCGGCAUACUGAAUUGAUCCUCAGAGAACAGCGGAGUCCUUGGUCAUCUGGAUUUCCAAUUGUUUUGUGGUGAACUACAGAUAGUUUACGUCAAAAACAAAAAUAAGAGACGAAAACAUGCAUACCCGACAUCGUAGUCCUGGAAAUGGGUAUAGGUCUAGCUCCAUGGGAAUGGGUGUAGCUGCCUCUCAGAUCUCCCCUGAGGGUUUGAUGGUUAGAGGCCAUGGAGGGUUUUACGGCGGGUCCGAAUUCAGGAACUUUGGUCGUGGUUUUGGGCGUGGCCAGGGCCACCCUAAAUCAUAUCAACAACCACCACAACCACCACUGCGCAAAGGUGACAUCUUUAUGGAAGCGGGUCGACUUGCAGCCGAGUAUUUGGUUUCUCAGGGAUUGCUACCUCAAAGUGCACUUUCUGCUGUUAAGUGGCAAAACGGUAGUUUGAAGAGGCAGUUGGGGGAGUUUCAAGAGCUUAGGCCUCAGGAGGGAGACCAAUUCUCCCUUCCACCGGAGGGCCGAACAUCUGCCCUUGCCCGUUUGUCGAAUGCUACUUCUGAUGCUGGGUUGGGAUCGGGUAAGAGAAGGCUUUUAGGUGAUAUUAAUACCAAAGGAAGAAGAAGAGCAGCAUCAUUCCGAAAUUAUAGCUCAGAUUAUGGCCGAGACUACAGAAGGAGUGGCUCAUGGUCUGAUAGACUUAGGUCAUCCGCUGACGUUGAUGGUGAUGACAAUAUUGCUUCUGGACAGUACCAUGAGGAGGAGAAGCAAUUUGGUAAAGAUCUCACUGAUGAUUUGCACAUUGGUGGUCGAAGUGAAUUAGCCCCAAAAACUGAGGAUGCUGGUGAUUUGGAAUUUGAAUUGGAUGAGUAUCAGUUCCAAGAAGAUGAUAUGCCCAUAAAGGCUAGUUCUUCUACUACAGGGAAAGAUCUCCAACAUGAGGCUAAUGGAGAAUUCCCUGCAAGGUCUUAUGAUUUCAAGAAUAUGAAUGUGGGAAUAGGAGAGGUGAAGCAUGGCACCAGCAGUGAUGAAACUGACAAACAGGGUACCAAACAAGAAGUAACCAUCCAGGAUAGUGUUGUGGAGGGAAAUUUCUCAGACAACACCAGCACUGAUUUACUAACACUCUGUAAAUUUUCCAAGGUGCCCACUAGAACCCGCUCUUCAUUGUCGCAUAGGGGCUCAAAGGUUGACCCUGUUCCAAAGAUUGAGGAGGGAAAAGCUCCUGAUAUGCGGCCUCAAAGAGGAUCUGAAUGUUUAGUUGACAAUGCCCCUGUUGACACCUCCUUGGGUGAUGCUCCAUCAAGUAAAAUUUAUGAUUCGAAGUGUAUUGAAUCUGAAGUUGCUAGGGCUCAAUUUGUGUGUUCUGCUGAAAAUGCGGUCAAAAUAGAUUCUGCAGAUGAUAUUGAGCAGGGUGAAUUUGCAACUCAGUCUUUCUCAGAUAUGCAAAAUAGGCAAGAACCAAUUCCAGUACUGUCUGGUUUUCAAAGUUGCGGUUCCACUGUUAAGGAAAGAGGCGAAAAAAGAGCUCUAGAAGAUAGUGAUAUCAGGGAGGGAAUCAAAAAGGCAAGAGAGAGGACUUCCUCUCAGGUAACAAAGGCUGAUGAGUAUCUCCACCUUUCUAACUCCAGUGAAAAGAAAAAGAGCUCACAGGAAGACAUGGCUUCACCUGGUGAGAACAUGAUCAUGGCUUUAGAUCAUGAGAGCUUGGAGAAUGAUUCUCUGUUCGCUAAAGCUAGGACUGAACCAUGUGUUGGGUAUGCAGAAGAGAAGCAACUUUUUCCUGGUUCAUUUAAAAUCUGUGACCUUAAUCUCGGGGGAGCUUCUGAAACCAAUGAGAAUCAUGAUAAUGAUCCGAUCCAUAUUUACCAUUCUGUUUCCAGAAACAGAAAAGAACCAGCACCAAUUGAUGUUGACUUGUCAAUGAGUAACACCAAGAUAUCUGGUGAAUACAGUAGACAUGUCACUGAUGGUAAAGAGAUUGAAGUUAUUGAUUUAGAAAAUGAUUCUUCCCUGGAAGAUAAGGCCUUCCAUGAUGCAGCAAGAAAGACGGAGACUGUGUAUACGGGCCUUGAGGGUUUCCCUAACAAUGCACCGAAUGCCAAUGAUAUUUCUGUCAUUCAGGAUGGUUAUGGGCUUAUGAUCUCAGAGCUGCUUGCAGGUGAUUUUUCAAAUUGUUCUUCAGUACCAGGGGAUGUUACUUCAAUGCAUAGCGGGAUGGGCCUUCCCAAUGGAGAGGGGUCUCUUGCUGAUGAUGAUUCCAUAUAUAUGUCCCUGGAAGAAAUACCAUUAAGCUUUUUGCCAGCCUGGGAGCAGCAACAGCCACGGGAUUAUGAGAAGCCCUUCUAAUUCAACUAUUCCCCAGUUCUCUGAAAAUAUGUAUUGGUAUGCUUUGUUUCGUUGGGAUCAUUAGCUCUAUCCACAUGCAAGGUUUCUAAUUCUUCUUACUUGUCAGCUGUCCAAAUGCUAUAUUGUAUCACUAUUCACUAACUUGGCCUGGUUUGAGGUUUCGCACGGUCAAAAACUGCAUCAUUACGCUAAGCAAAAACCCCUUUGAUAA